GGCCUGCUGGCCCUGCUGGCCAAUCAGUGCCGCUUCGUGACGGGCCUGCGCGUGCGGCGCGCGCAGCAGAUCGGCCAGCUCUACAGCCGCCUCUACUCGGAGAGUUCGCGCCGCGUCCUUCUUGGCCGCCUGUGGCGUCGGCUGCGCGGCCGCCCGGGCCAUGUCUCCACUCUGAUGGCGGCGCUUGCCGGAGCCUUCGUGUGGGACGAGGAGCGGAUCCAGGAGGAGGAGCUGAAGAGGUCUAUUGAUGAGAUGAAGCGAUUGGAGGAGAUGUCGACUGUGUUUCAGGGCUCUGCUGUUGAACGCCAUGCCCCAGAACCCAAGUCUCAAACAGAAGGGGGUAAAGAGCAGCCGUGGGAGAUGGUGAUGGACAAGAAGCAUUUUAAACUGUGGCGGCAUCCCAUUCCAGGCACCCACCUUUAUCAGUACAGAGUUUUUGGAACCUACACAGAUGUGACACCUCGGCAGUUCUUCAAUGUUCAGCUGGACACGGAGUAUAGAAAGAAGUGGGAUGCCCUGGUGAUCAAGCUGGAGGUGAUUGAGAGGGAUGUGAUCAGUGGCUCGGAGGUUCUCCACUGGGUCACUCAUUUUCCUUACCCAAUGUAUUCUCGGGAUUAUGUUUAUGUUCGGCGGUACAGUGUGGAUCAGGAAAACAACGUGAUGGUUUUGGUGUCACGAGCUGUAGAGCACCCUAGUGUUCCAGAGUCCCCUGAGUUUGUGAGGGUCAGAUCAUAUGAAUCCCAGAUGGUCAUCCGGCCUCACAAAUCAUUUGAUGAGAAUGGCUUUGACUACAUGCUGACCUACAGUGACAAUCCGCAGACCGUGUUCCCCCGCUACUGCCUCAGUUGGAUGGUGUCCAGUGGCAUGCCAGAUUUCCUGGAGAAGCUGCACAUGGCCACUCUGAAAGCCAAGAACAUGGAGAUCAAAGUAAAGGACUACAUUUCAGCCAAGUCCCUGGAAUUGGGGAGCGAUGCCAAGGUCACUGCCCAGUCUUCAGAGCACCAGAGCGAAGGCAGUCAUGGUCCUGCCCGGAUAGAGUAUGCCUGA